GCCUCCCCCGCGCCAGGUCCUUGGGGAGUGAGGCUGCAGCUGGGGGUUCUGCCGCUUGGGUCUCGCUUGGAAGCGCCUGGGGCAAGGAAAGUUUCCGGCUUCUUCUCUUUCCCCGCUUCUUCCUUUCCUCCUUUUUAUCCUCUCUGCUGGCCCGGUGGCACCAUGACGGCGUCUCCCGACUACCUGGUGAUUCUCUUCGUGACCACGGCGGGCACCAACGGGGCAAGGUUGGGCUCAGACGAGCGAGAGUUGCUCCAGCUCCUGUGGAAAGUGGUCGACCUGAGGAGUAAGGAGCUGGGGCACCUGCAUGACGUGCUGGUCCGGCCUGACCACACAGAGUUGACGGCUGAGUGCCAGGAGAUCACCCAAGUGGAUGUGGAGAGCCUGGCACUGGCUCCACCGCUGGAGCAGGCAUUGAGACAGUUUAAUCAGUCCGUGAGCAAUGAGCUGAACAUUGGUGUAGGUACUUCUUUCUGUUUCUGUACUGAUGGACAGUUGCACAUUAGACAGGUUCUGCACCCUGAAGCUUCUAAAAAGAAUAUUUUCCUGCCUGAAUGCUUCUAUUCCUUUUUUGACUUGCGGAAAGAGUUCAAGAAGUGUUGCCCUGGCUCACCUGAAGUUAGCAAACUCGAUGUUGCAGCCAUGACAGAAUAUUUAAAUCUUGACAAGAACAGUCCAGCAUUUCCCUAUGGAGCCUCUCAAGUUGAAGAUAUGGGGAAUAUUAUUUUAACACUAAUAUCUGAACCAUACAAUCACAGAUUUUCAGAUCCAGAAAGGGUGAACUACAAAUUUGAAAGUGGGCCUUGCAGCAAGAUGGAACUGGUGGAUGACAAUGCUGUUAUCCGAGCAAGAGGAUUGCCAUGGCAGUCGUCUGACCAGGACAUAGCGAGAUUCUUCAAAGGUCUAAAUAUUGCCAAAGGAGGUGCUGCACUCUGUCUCAAUGCCCAAGGUAGGAGGAAUGGAGAGGCUCUUGUGAGGUUUGUAAGUGAAGAGCAUAGAGAUCUAGCACUGCAAAGGCACAAGCAUCACAUGGGAAACCGAUACAUUGAGGUAUACAAGGCAACAGGUGAAGACUUCCUUAAAAUUGCAGGAGGUACUUCCAAUGAGGUUGCACAGUUCUUGUCAAAAGAAAACCAAGUGAUUGUCAGGAUGCGAGGUCUUCCUUUCAAUGUCACGACGGAAGAAGUGCUGACUUUCUUUGGCCAGCACUGCCCUGUAACAGGAGGGAAGGAGGGAGUCCUGUUUGUCACUUACCCUGACAGCAGGCCAACAGGGGAUGCCUUUGUCUUGUUUGCUUGUGAGGAAUACGCACAAAAUGCACUGAAAAAGCACAAGGAUUUACUGGGAAAAAGAUACAUUGAACUCUUCCGAAGCACUGCAGCAGAAGUUCAGCAGGUGCUGAACAGGUACUCUUCCACACCUCUCAUUCCUCUCCCAACACCUCCAAUUCUUCCAGUAUUACCUCAACAAUUUGUGCCUCCCACUAACAUCAGAGACUGCAUACGUUUACGUGGUCUUCCCUAUGCUGCUACUAUAGAGGACAUUCUAGAGUUCCUGGGAGAGUUUUCUACAGAUAUUCGGACCCAUGGAGUUCACAUGGUACUAAAUCACCAGGGACGUCCCUCAGGAGAUGCUUUCAUUCAGAUGAAAUCUGCAGAUAGAGCUUUCCUGGCUGCACAGAAGUGUCAUAAGAAGACGAUGAAGGACAGAUAUGUUGAAGUCUUUCAAUGCUCUGCUGAAGAGAUGAACUUUGUAUUAAUGGGGGGCACUUUAAAUCGAAAUGGCUUGUCCCCACCACCAUGUAAGUUACCAUGCCUUUCACCCCCUGCCUACUCCUUUCCGGCUCCUGCUGCAGUUGUGCCAACAGAAGCUGCUCUGUAUCAGCCAUCCAUGCUCCUGAACCCACGAACACUUCAGCCCUCCACAGCCUACUAUCCUGCUGGGGCUCAGCUCUUUAUGAACUACACAGCGUAUUACCCCAGUAUGCAGCAGAGGAUGGAAUUGUACACACAAGUGAUGCGACCAGGACAGUGUCCAAAGAAUGGAUUUGCAUUUAAAGGUCCCAGCAGUUAG